CGAAACAGUUAGUACGAUUUUUGCAAUGCAGGUGCUACUAGUGCUUCUCGCGCUGCUACAGCUGGGCUUGGGUCAGAAUCCGAUGCGGAAGCCCAAGAGCAACGAUGAAGCCGAAGAAUUUCCCGGUCUGGACAAGAUUGUGCUGCCGCCCGCAGCGCAAAGCCGUGUGGUUGGUGGCGAAGCCACAACGAUUGAUAAGCUGGGCGGCUACCUUGUGGCACUACGUUAUCAGGGCGAAUUCGUUUGCGGUGGUUCUUUAAUCGCUGAGCGUAUUGUUGUAUCGGCAGGUCAUUGCUUUUUGGGUCGUUCCAAGAAGUAUCUGUGGUCGAUCACGGGCGGCAUCUCCAGGCUGAAUGAGAAAGGCAUAAAGGGGGAGUUACUAGACUAUUUGGUGCCUGCAGUCUUUAGCGAGAACACCAUGCACAUGGAUGUAGCCGUGCUGUUGCUGUUGAGGCCUUUAAAGGGUCCGAAUAUUUCAAAAAUUGGGCUGUGCUCCAAAAAACAACUUGAGGGUAUGGAGCUAACCGUAUCCGGUUGGGGUCUAUCUGAUCCUUACGCAUCUAGUCCACACCAGAAUGUCCGCUCCGUCAAGGUACCCAUCAUCAACAUUAAUCAAUGCAAGCAAGCCUACAGAAGAGCAAUGACCAUAACCUAUAGCAUGCUCUGUGCGGGCGUAUUGGGUCACAAGGAUGCGUGCACAUUCGAUUCGGGCGGUCCGAUUGUCUACCAGGAUGAGAACCAGAAAGAGCUAUGCGGCAUUGUGUCCUUUGGGAUAGGCUGCGCCUCUGCCAAAUAUCCGGGCGUCUACACGGAUGUCAACUAUGUGAGAUCAUUUAUUGAAAGCUCUGUAAAACAGUUUGGUAUCAAGCUCUAACAAAAUAUUGUCCAAAUCAUUUGGAAGCAAUAAAAUGCAGCAUUAAUAUGUUUUUAUACCCUGUACCCAUUAAAAAUGGGUAAGAAGGGUAUAAUGUAUUUGUGCAAAUGUAUGUAACAGGCAGAAGGAAGCAUCUCCGACACCAUAAA